AUGUUCUGUGACAGCAGUCUACCAUCACAAAUUGCUUGGCCAAGAAGUAAUGCCUACUCAGAAGAAGGAAUGCGGAGAGGAAGCAUCACUCACAGCAGAUUCCCCCUCCCUCCAAAACCUCGUACUCCUCCCCUCCCUGCCACGGACCAGUCCUCCUACGAACCCUUCCCUUUCGCAUCCCCUACCCCUGUGAGCGGGGAUGUGUCUUCUACCGCCACCCCACAGAACCACGAGCACUCACACAACCUCCCCCACCAUACACCUUAUACGCCUGUAACGGACACCCCUUCCCUCCACUCUCCACCCGCCCAGCCAGCCGAACAACGACUCCGCUGCCGAGCAGCUCCGCCCUCGUCCGCCACCACGCCCGGCACAGUGGAUGACGAAACUCAUCACCAAGUACCUGGAGUCCCUGCCCCCUCUACUACCCAUCACCACCCCAAACGUGCCCACGGCGUUGUCAAACAUAGCAGGAACGACCUGAAGCGCAACAACAAACGAAAGGACAAGACGGUUUCAUUACCGGUCACCUCCAAAAAGGAAGAAGAGCACGUGAGAACGCCAAAACAUCCAAUGCCUACAAGGCAUAGAACGUACCAGGUGGUGUCAUCUCUAACAUCAAUAGUUGUGACCCUGACACAGAGGAAGAAGACAUAG